AUGGCUGCCUUAGCGUGGAUGCUGUUUUCCUUAGCCGCUGGGGCAGCUGACGCGCGACACCUGCGCGGCCUGCGCGGCCUCAGCGAGGACCUGGGCUCGCUGCUGAGGGAGGAUGUGGCCAAGGCCGCUAGCUUCAUUUUGAAGACCUUCGACAUCGAAGGAACUCAAGGGGGAGCACCGGCAGCCUCCGUUGACACCACGGCGAGUGGUGCUCACCUGGUGCAGGAGCUCCUUUCGAAUAAGGAGCUCACAGAGCUGAUCAUGCUCAGGCCGAAGCAGAACGGCUUGGUACAAUCGGGCCGGCUUUAUGACAUUCAGAUGAAGGCCGCCCACGUCGGGAAGGGGACGCACGUCUCCACCCAGGGUGGCCUGGUGACAUUUUCCGUUGAAGACCUGUCGGUUGAGGUCCACUGCCACUACGACCUGAGGCUGUCCAGCUUCGGUUACAAGGAGACGGGCAACGUGAGGGCCCGCUUGUUCGGCGACUCCAUGUCGCUGAACUUCCCCGUCGAGGGCUCCGGGCCCGGAGGGUGCCACUUCGGCAAGGGCCUCGACCUGGAGGUCCUGAACGCUACGAGCGACCAUGAUGCGCUCAACGUAGCGAUAACCGACAUUCUCUCCAGCAAUAUGUUGGACCUCUGCACGGAAAUCGUGCAGGAGAUGGAGAGCGGCUUAUGCCGAAAUCUGCUCGAGCCCCGUGCUCAGCAGCCGAAUUUCAUGCACAAGCCAAUGGGCAAAGGGGAGUCGAUGUGGCCCCUGGUGCUUGGAACGACUUUCCUAUGUUGUGGCCGCUUGGCACCACAAGCGUGGUCCCACACGGAGGCCCACACGAGCUCAGAAGAGAGCCACUCCGAUGUGGAGAAUCAGUUCUUGGGGCUGUCGAACGUGACUCCCAUUUCGCAGAAAUGA